UUUUUUUCCCCAUUCUCACAAUACUUUGUCGCUGAAUAGGACAAGUCGCGAAUUUUUUAUUCCGAAAAUAAUUGUUGAUACGAAUGUGAGAACUGGUUGUUGGUUCACGCCUUGUUGAACUUCAAAAGACCAAGAAUCAAAUGAUUAGAUUUUAUUUUGUCAAAAACAUUCGGAUGAGUCGGUUUGUUUAAUUUGAAAUAAUUUUGUUUCGGGGAAUAUUUUGAUCUGUGAUGUUAGUUAUGGUUCCAAACAAAUUGUUCGUUGUUUUAAUCGGCAUUCUGCUAGAUGUCCAUUGUUUGGAAUUUUUGAAAAAGGAGUUUCAGAAACCAAAUCUUCAAGUUAAGACAGAAAGUGGAAGGGUGCAAGGUACAAGAUUGCAAUCGAAAUCACUAAAAAGGGGAUAUUAUUAUGCAUUUAUGGGAAUUCCAUAUGCCCAACCUCCAGUGGGCGACCUCAGGUUCAGAUCACCUAAGUGGGUUAGAAAUUGGCCUGGUGUUCUGGAUGGGAGCAAACAAGGAUCCGCAUGCGUUGAAGUGGUGUUACGGAUCAGCACUGGAACAUCCAUAGUUACUGGAGAAGAAGACUGUCUCUUCCUGAACGUCUUCACAAAAACUAAUCCUGCCACUGUGAAACAGCUCAAACCUGUUAUGGUGUUCAUACAUGGUGGAGGAUAUAUUCUUGGAAGUUCGGACGUGAAAAUAUACGGACCAGAUCUAUUAGUAGCUAAAGAUGUUCUAGUUGUUACUCUCAACUAUAGACUGGGUGUUUUUGGUUUCUUGAGCACUGAAGAUUUGGCAUCACCUGGCAAUUACGGACUGAAGGACCAAAACCUUGCCCUACGCUGGAUACAGAGGAACAUUAAGUAUUUCGGUGGAGAUCCAGACAACGUUAUGAUCUUUGGACACAGUGCCGGCUCCAUCAGCUCUCAUCUCCAUAUGUUAUCACCGAAGAGCCGGGGCUUGUUCCACAAGGUCCUUCUAGAGAGCGGAAGUGCUCUAUGUUUGUGGGGAAGUCAACGAAAACCUCGGAAUAUGGCAUAUCUUCUCGGUGUCGCCAAUGGCAUAACGCACCCAAGAGAUAGUUACGAACUGGUAGAGAAACUUCGUGAGAUAGAUCUCGAAGAACUGAAGAAAACUCUCUUGGGAGUUGCUUUAACCGGAACUUCACAGUCAUUAUUCACAGGGUUGCCAUAUGCCCCAACCUUAGAAGAGGACCACGAAGAAGCCUUUCUAACGAGAAAUAACUGGUAUGAGAUGCUGGCAACUGGAAAUUUCUAUCACGUUCCUGUAGUUAUGGGAAUGAAUUCAAAUGAAUCAUUAUUCUUUCUUCAAGAGGCUAUGAUAGCUCAACCUCUUCUCGUAUUAUUCGAUCUGGAUAACAGUCUGAUAACACCACCUUCAAUGAAUAUCAGUAAUAAAGAAACCUCUACCAUUGUUGGAAGAAUGAUCAGGGAUCACUUUUUAGGUGAAAAUAACAGAAUGUCAACAGUAGAUAUUAUGGAGUUGAUGAAUUACUUAUCCCAGGACAACUUCUUGAGACCAUUGUGGAAGACUGCUGAAUUGAUGAAUAGAUAUAUUCCACUUUACUUUUAUUACUUCAAAUACGAAAGUGAAUUAGGGCGAUAUGGCCUUCCAGCCGGCAGAGAAUAUCCAGGCAUUAGAGGUGUGUCCCACGAGGAAGAAGUUCACUUCAUAUUCAAUAAAUUGAAAGAUUAUUCUAAGAACAGAACAGAUUAUGUGGUCAGGGAAUGGAUGUUAACAUUGUGGACCAAUUUCGCUAAAUAUAGCAAUCCAACACCAUCUGUAGGAAGAGGAAAUUCAGCUCUAGGAAAUAUAGUUUGGCCAAGAUUUUCGUCUAACGCCAGUUCUCGAACGAAUUUCCUCGAUAUUGGAGACAUGUUGGAAGUUCGUCAUACUCCGGUUAACUACGAUAACAUCUUGUGGUAUGAAGAGCUUUUCCAAAAAUAUGGCAACCCACCAUUUCAUAAUUAUUGAACGAAUGUGAUUCAUUCAUACUGAUGUACCUGAUUAGUUUUUU